AUGGUGCGGCAACUAGAGGUAUUGGGAUGUCAAGCCGCUUAUCCCACAGCCGAUCAGCCCUGCUCCAGCUUACUACUCACAUGGGAUUCAAUCCAAAUAGUUCUUGACUUGGGAUAUGGUACUCUCAAGGGCCUCUUGGACCGAGUUCCCGACGGAAAAGUGAAUGCCAUCAUAAUCACCCACGAUCAUCCAGAUCACUGGAUCGACUUGCAUGGUCUGUUUCGACUGCUGUACUAUGGUCCCCGAACCGACGACUCGGCCAAGAUCUCAAUCUAUUGUACGGCUGGUGUGGUUGACAAGAUGCGCUUCCUGGAGUCAGAUGUCGAUCUAGAGGAUGUUUUUACAAUCCACAAACUGCAGGACGGCAAAGAGUUUACGAUAGGAAAUGGUGCCUUUAGGCUUGACGGGUUCUUGUUACCACAUCAUGUGGAAAACAUUGGCAUAAGGCUGAGUGUCCAAGGCGAUGGUAAUUUGAAGCCUCUGUUGGCCUAUACUGGCGACACGGGCCCGUCACCCACACUUGAAAUGCUAGGAAAAGACGUGUCACUGUUCAUUAUGGACUCGACGGACCGGCCAGGAGAAGAAAAGAAGGCAAACGAGGACAGGAAGCUGCUUCAAAGUGAAGAUGCGGGAAUGUGGGCUGCUGUAGCGGGCGCACAGAGAUUACUACUGACGCAUUUCUGGCCAACGAAUGAUCGGAAGGUUUCGUUGGAGAGGGCAAAGGCGAGAUUUGAUGGGGAUGUGUUUAUUGCUGAGCCAGGUCUGGUGUUGGAGAUGGAGUGA